AUUUUAUGUCACUUUCCUCCAAAAAAAGUUAAUGAAAAUCAUAUCUAACAUUCAAAGAGACGUGUGACAGUUAACCAUAUCAUCAUUAUUAACUUUCCAAUUCUUGCAACAAAUCUCACAAACCUUAGGAAGAGCCAUGGGUGAAGAAGCUAUAGUUCUGUAUCCUGCACCACCAAUAGGUCACUUAGUGUCCAUGGUUGAGUUAGGUAAAACCAUCCUCUCCAAAAACCCAUCUCUCUCCAUCCACAUUAUCUUAGUUCCACCGCCUUAUCAGCCGGAAUCAACCGCCACUUACAUCUCCUCCGUCUCCUCCUCCUUCCCUUCAAUAACCUUCCACCAUCUUCCCGCCGUCACACCGUACUCCUCCUCCUCCACCUCUCGCCACCACCACGAAUCUCUCCUCCUAGAGAUCCUCUGUUUUAGCAACCCAAGUGUCCACCGAACUCUUUUCUCACUCUCUCGGAAUUUCAAUGUCCGAGCAAUGAUCAUCGAUUUCUUCUGCACCGCCGUUUUAGACAUCACCGCUGACUUCACGUUCCCGGUUUACUUCUUCUACACCUCUGGAGCCGCAUGUCUCGCCUUUUCCUUCUAUCUCCCGACCAUCGACGAAACAACCCCCGGAAAAAACCUCAAAGACAUUCCUACAGUUCAUAUCCCCGGCGUUCCUCCGAUGAAGGGCUCCGAUAUGCCUAAGGCGGUGCUCGAACGAGACGAUGAGGUCUACGAUGUUUUUAUAAUGUUCGGUAAACAGCUCUCGAAGUCGUCAGGGAUUAUUAUCAAUACGUUUGAUGCUUUAGAAAACAGAGCCAUCAAGGCCAUAACAGAGGAGCUCUGUUUUCGCAAUAUUUAUCCAAUUGGACCGCUCAUUGUAAACGGAAGAAUCGAAGAUAGAAACGACAACAAGGCAGUUUCUUGUCUCAAUUGGCUGGAUUCGCAGCCGGAAAAGAGUGUUGUGUUUCUCUGUUUUGGAAGCUUAGGUUUGUUCUCAAAAGAACAGGUGAUAGAGAUUGCUGUUGGUUUAGAGAAAAGUGGGCAGAGAUUCUUGUGGGUGGUCCGUAAUCCACCCGAGUUAGAAAAGACAGAACUGGAUUUGAAAUCACUCUUACCAGAAGGAUUCUUAAGCCGAACCGAAGACAAAGGGAUGGUCGUGAAAUCAUGGGCUCCGCAAGUUCCGGUUCUGAAUCAUAAAGCAGUCGGGGGAUUCGUCACUCAUUGCGGUUGGAAUUCAAUUCUUGAAGCUGUUUGUGCUGGUGUGCCGAUGGUGGCUUGGCCGUUGUACGCUGAGCAGAGGUUUAAUAGAGUGAUGAUUGUGGAUGAGAUCAAGAUUGCGAUUUCGAUGAAUGAAUCAGAGACGGGUUUCGUGAGCUCUACAGAGGUGGAGAAACGAGUCCAAGAGAUAAUUGGGGAGUGUCCGGUUAGGGAGCGAACCAUGGCUAUGAAGAACGCAGCCGAAUUAGCCUUGACAGAAACUGGUUCGUCUCAUACCGCAUUAACUACUUUACUCCAGUCGUGGAGCCCAAAGUGAUCUUUGAAAUUAAGUCUUGCAUCAAUUAAUAACUUUGUAGUCUCUCAGAAUCAUGUCUUUGGGGGUUAUUCGUUUUACUAGUUCAAAGUUAUGUCUCUGAGACCGCAGAUGGAAAGAACAAUUUAUAUCGUUUGUCGUUGUCCUGUGUGCGUUUGUUCAUCAUUGAACUCAGCAAACCGAACCAUGCCGAUACAUCACACUGAAAAUUUUUGCAAUAAAUUUUGGCUUUCGUGCAUUACAAGAAAGGAUGGAUCAAGUUUGCAUGCGUAGUAAGGAAGAGUGAAGUUUUCGUACUCGUGAAUACGACAAGGUUGAUGUAUAACAAAUUAACAAGAUCAGUUUGUUGAAGUCCCAUUUGGUAGUUCCUUGAGAGGUUUUUAGAUGUACCUUAGGAAUCAAGGAAUUCGUUGCUUUGCGACUUCUGACUUGUGUGAUAAGUGAGAUUAGUGACUCCGUUUGACGUACAUAUUUUUUUUAACCGGAUUUAUAUUCUAAUUUAACAGAGUGAUGAUUUUGAAUGAAAUCAAGAUUGCAAUUCCGAUGGAUGAAUCAGACAUGGGUUUCGUGAGCUCAACGGAGGUGGUGAAUCGAGACCGCGAGGUACUGCUGGAUGGUCCGGUUAGGAAGAAAACCAAAGAACGCAGCCGAAUCAGCCUUGGCAGAAACCGGUUCAUCUCAUGCCGUGUUGACUACGUUACUCCUCAGUCAUGGAGCCCAAAAUGUUCUUAAAAAUCAAGCCUUGUAGUAUUAAUUAAUGGUAGGAAUGUUUCUAAACUUAUAAAUUCCCAUAUCUCUAAUGAAUGAUCUUUGAAAUUAUGUCAUUGCAUCAAUUAAUGGUAGAAAAAUACUAGAAAUUUAACUCUUGUAUCAAAUUAAAGUUUCCGCGUCAGUGCAAAGAAAUCUGAUUGGAAGACAAAACUUGAUUAAAGACGUGUCAAAGAUCUGUG